CUAUUAUUCCCUAUUACCCUCCGUCACCACCCUAAUCACUACAUCCAUCACACUAUGUUCACCAGCAACAAAGCUCCAGACCAACGACUCCGCAUCACAGUCGGCCCAAAGUAUGACCCGCAAACGCAUCAAAGCGUGCAAGUCAACGGCGCCGAGCCCAUCCGCAUUGAAAGCCCACACCUGACAGCCGACAUCUGGGUGCGCAUCCAAGACUACACCGGCUAUCCAACGACCUCCCCGCGCACAAACCCCUACUUCAACCACGAAGUGACCUCCCGAAACCGCUACUCAAUCACCCUCUCCCUCACCUUCAAGCAAGCCGUGAACGGCAACGACCUCCUCUUCGGCAACGACUUCGACCACCCGAUUCGCGACUACCUGCCCCCCGGUUUCGGGACGGCCUUCCGCAUCGUCAAGACCAUGCUCGACCCCUCGCUGGACGGCGACGCCCACGCCGACAAGCCGUAUCUGUACAGUCCCGCGCUGGCCUCGUGGAACCAGUUCCAUAUCGGUGAUGUCACGAAUGCGCUGCCGGCGGUGUCCGAUCCGGUUAUCCUUGAGGGCGCGGAUGGGUCUGGGAUGGAGGUGCGCAAUACAUACGCUAUCCCUGAGGAUGCGGCGGCGCGGACGAAGCAUUUUCGGGCGGAGGAGAAACGGGCGGAGUUUGAGUUCGAGGCCGGUAGGGUUUAUCAGGCGGAUUUUGGGAAUCCGUAUUUGGACUUUAAUGAAUUCUCGAUCCAUAUCCCCGGCAUCACGUUGAAUAUUAGUAAGUAUGUGAGUGAGAAGAAUAAUGUGCUGCGGUAUGUCUUGAAGAACCGCGCAACCGGGGAGGAGUAUCUCGUCAUUGGGUUUACGGUCGUGUUAGAUGAGGAGCAGGAGGAGGAUACAGAAGAGAACAAAGAAGUCGUCGACGAGGUGGAUUAGAGGCUAGAUACAACGUUAGCGAGGUACAGAUACAC